GACGCGUCACACUGUGUUCCUCCAAUCAGGAGCGCUUCCUGUCAGGACCGGAAGGAGGAUCAAAUGUUCGUGCUGAACCAGACAGAUUUGAUUCUUCAGCGAUAAUAUAUGUGUAAUGUAACGUUAAAUAUGUUUUCGCUUUAUAUUUGUGUCAUGACAUCAGCUUCAGACGCGACAGGAAGAGUUCAGUGAAACUAGCGAACGGGGUUUAAUAUGAUGGACCGCAGCUGAAGCUAAUGCUAAAGCUAAAGCUGGAUUAAACACGGCGGCUUCUCCUGAAGACGUGCUCCAGAGCCGCAGAGAACCCGCCCUCAGAUGAGCCCCGGACGCUGCAGCUGAAGCGGGUCCGCCGCGAUGAGUCCGCAGAAGAAGAUGAAGAAGCGGAAGCAGCUGAACGCGCUCCUCGGCCUCAGCGACAGCCGCAGGAAGAGCAAGCAGAGCAGCGGACAGCGGCUGCUGCGGACCGGCACCGGCACCGGCACCGGCACCGAGAGCGAGAGCGAGGCUGAGUCCGGCGCAGAGGAGCGGGGCUUCAGCCGCGGUCUGCUCGGGACGAGCUCGCUGCGGUGCUGCUCACUCUGUUACCCGCUGUGUGUGUUCGUGCUUCUGGCGGCGUGUGUCAUGGCCUGCGCCGGACUCAUCUGGAUGCAGAUCGCCCUCAAAGAGGACCUGGACUCCAUGAAGGAGAAGAUGCACAUCAUGGAGAGCAGUCAGAAGCUCUCGUCACACGAGAUCCUGAAGCUCGGUGAAGAUCUGAAGGACAAACAGACGAAGCUGGAUGAGCUGGAGAGUGGAGACAGAGGCCUGGCCAAACUCUGGUCCAACCUGAGCGACAUCUAUCAGAAGCUCAGCGCUCUGGAUUCUGCUGUGAAUCACCUGAAGACCAACAUCAAAUCCUCCUCUGAUCUGAUCGCGCUGCCGCGGACGAUAGAGGAGCUGCAGAAGAGCGUGGCCUCCAUCGGCAGCACCGUCACCAGUGUCCAGCACGAUGUCUCUAUGAUUCAGUCUGUGGUGGAGGAGAGAAGGAAAGGAGAAGAUCGGCUGAAGGACAACGCUAAUGGAGAGAAACCUGUGAACAGCAGCAGCUGUGUGACACUGAAGCAGGAGCUGCAGCAUCUGGAGGACGGUGUGAAGGAUCUGAACAGCUCAGUGCUGCUGCAGGAGUCGAGGUUGAGCGAGCAGAUCCAGAGCGUGCGCUUCGUUCUGUCUGACCUGAGCAGACGGCUGUCAGCGCUGGACCAGAGCCAGUCCAGAGACACGCAGCAGCCGCAGCAGCAGCAGCCGGCCGUGACCCAGACGCUCCAGACGCUCCAGACCGCAGGGUCCUCUCCGUCCCGUCGCCCCAGCUUUCUGUCCCGCAGACGUUAUAAACGAGCACUGACUCCCGGAGACGAGUCUGAGAGAGGUCUCUGAAGGUCUCUGAGGAGCAGGAGGCGCUGUAUUGUGCUGAGGUCAGUCCUGAUGCACCGAUGCACCGAUGAGCUCAGUCUGGUGUUCUUCUGCUCAGCUCGGAGCGUCACACAGCACCUGCUUCAUCUCAGAGAGACCCGUCAGGAGCAGGCCAGCAAUCAUGCUUUACCUGAACACAGUGAAGCCCGGUGUAAGAUGCUCUGCAUUGUGAUGCUCUUUUAAUGCGGUUUUAGCCUGAAUCUCAUUGCUGUAAUGACUAAAAUUAAUUGUGCUGGUUUUGGAUUUAAAUCAAUCUUUGUUUUCCAGAAUAAUGCAGUAGAUUGAAAUAUUCCUCUACUUGAGAGGAGCUGUAUGUGCUCAUUUUACAGCAAUUCAUGUCACAAUACAGGCGGUCUCGAUAAAAACCGGCUUCGCUUUCUUUGACAAAUACUCCCAUGAUUCUCCGUGAACUGACCUGAUUACACAAGUUUCUUACAUAUUUAUCAGAAAUGGUUUGAAGUCCGUAUGAACUGAGGGAAAUGAAGAUUAAUUUAUGCUACAUUACUGUCAGAUCUAGCAAUAAUAUGAUCCAUACAGUUGCUUUUAGUAAAUAUGAUCAUCAGAUAUCAAUGACGUGCACUUGGCUGCUUGUCUUUUAUCCGGUUUAGUUUUUAAUGUAAAGUAGCGUUUGAGGGCACUUCUGAUCAGUAGAUCUGAGCUCGUGUGUGUUUCUGUAUCUCUGGGUUCAGUGGGAAUCGUUUCUGCACUCCGCUCACGGCUCUCUGGAAAUAAUCAUGUCUCACUAACUUUACUGUCACUUUAUCAAACCAGUUAAAAGCUGUACAUAUUGUAGAAUUGGACAUUUCUAUGUAACUAAUUUUAAGCAGUAGCGUGACGAGAUGAAAUGCAUCUGUACGUGUGAGUUUUGCAUGUUCCCUUGUAACAUGAAUAAAAGCUCUUUUAUUUAA